AUGUGCCGUUUCUUGGUGUACAAAGGUAGCGACGAGAUUCUCCUCUCGAAACUGAUUCUCGACCCGACACAUUCUAUAUUAAAGCAGUCCUUUGACUCCCGCCUACGUCUGGACACUCGUAGGGGUCAAAACAAUGCAGACGGCUUCGGCAUAGGCUUCUACACAGAUCCAAAACUCGGCGCUGCGCCUUGUCUCUUCACAUCCACCAUUCCGGCGUGGAACUGCACAAAUCUGCAGCGAAUAGCAUCCAAGACGGCAUCACGCCUCAUAUUUGGCCAUGUACGCGCCACGACCGAAGGCUCCUUGAGUGAGGAUAACUGCCACCCCUUUACACACGCCAGUUUAAUGUGGAUGCACAAUGGUGGUCUCGGCGGCUGGAAAUACAUCAAGAGAAAACUCGGCGACCGACUAGCGGAUAAGUGGUAUCUCGAAGUAAAGGGCGGUACAGAUAGCGAGUGGGCAUUUGCCUUAUUCCUCGAUACUCUCGAACGGCUUGGUCAUAACCCUAGCUCGUCGCCCGAAAACGGCUUUGGACCGACCGUCCUGCGUAAAGCCGUCGAGCAGACCAUUGCCCAGAUCAACGAGUUGACGGAUUCGAUCCCCCAGGACGUCUUGCAAAGCGAAGAUGUUGACACCAGGAGUUUGCUCAACUUUGCUGUGACGGAUGGCCACAGCGUCAUUUGCACGCGAUACAUAAGCAGCUCCAAGGACGAAGCCGCCAGCUUGUACUAUUCGUCGGGGACACAGUGGGCCACGAGGACAUCUGAUCCGAAUGACCGGCAGUAUCAGAUGGAGCGGAAGGACAAGGGAGCCGAUAUUGUGCUCGUCGCUAGUGAGCCGCUAACUUUUGAACGAGAAAACUGGGUAAACGUCCCUACAAACUCCAUCCUCACCAUCCACCGCCAAACAGUCAUGACACACCCCAUCCUUGACAAGUACUACGAACGUGACCCCUACCACGUCCGUUCCAGCGCUUUUGUCCAAACAAAGGGGUUGGUUUCCAACGAAAAACAGCCGAGUGGUACGUCCAUCAGCAUUGGCAGUGGCGCAACACCGUCUAGCUUUGACGGCUACAGAAAGCUGGCUGCGCAGACGCUUUGCUCCAGGAGUAUAAGCCCCGACUUGGCCAGACGCGCCCUUACGCCCCUCUCCGCAAAUGAAUCACGAUAG